UCUGUCCCUUACUAUUUGAGUCCCUGUUGUCUCAUUGGCGGCUUUCUGAGCAGCUGCAAAAUGUUUUUAACUUGAAGUGGAAGUUGGGGUCACCGGUGUCGCCAGGCCUGAACAGUCACUCUCAGUAAGGGCUCUUUCAACUCUGACAUUGACUAGCUCACGGACUCGGCACCACAGUCCUCUGCCUGGUCGUCCUUCUUUGCGACUCGUCUUCCCCAGUAGCCUCGCAACCGCAGCUCGGCGGCAGGGGUCUUGAGAGGGACCAGAGGUGCUCACACGCGCUCAGGGGGCGGCGGCAGCGCCGCCCACCCCGGAGGAUCAUGCUGCGAGGCAAGUCCCGGCUCAACGUGGAGUGGCUGGGCUACUCGCCAGGCCUGCUCCUGGAGCGCAGACAGCUCCUGGCAGGGCGCGCGCCUCGGAGCCCCGGCCGAAAUGAAAGUUCAUUAGCAUCUACCCUGAAGACGCUCCUGUUCUUCACAGCUUUAAUGAUCACUGUACCUAUUGGGUUGUAUUUCACGACUAAAUCUUAUGUUUUUGAAGGCGCCUUUGGGAUGUCCAAUAGGGACAGCUAUUUUUAUGCUGCUAUUGUUGCGGUGAUCGCCGUCCACGUGGUGUUGGCCCUCUUUGUUUAUGUGGCCUGGAAUGAAGGCUCACGACAGUGGCGUGAAGGCAAACAGGAUUAAAUUGAACAUCACCUUUUGAUAGCAUUAAAUUGAUUUUUAAAAAUGGUAAAUGCGUCUGGGAUAUUGAUGAUUUCAAUAAAGUUGAGAACAUGUUAAAAAUCAAUCUGAAGGAGUCACAUUUGACUAGUGUAAAUUUUGAUCCUUCUAAUACAAUGAUUUGUCAUCAGUUUUAACUGUAUGAACCUCUCAUCUGCAAAUGAGAAUUUGAAAAAGUUAAGUUGGUCACAAGUAAGUAUGUUAACUUAAUGACACAUUCUGGGAAGAAUUUGAUUAUCUCACUACCAAAAAUGUUUUAUAGCAUUUUGUCUUUUGGUUGGUUUUAAGUUUCACUCCUCUGGAUACAUUAAGAUGUACACACUGUUCUUCACUGGAACCCUUUCCCUGACUAUCGUGAAAGUCUGUGUCAUCGGAUUUUAGGUUGUAAAUUCCUAUGCAGAAUUGCUUGAAUUGUGGAUUUUGGACUUAAUCUGAAUGUCAGUGAGAAAUUUUGUGUAAAGCGUAAUCUGUAGUCAAUAGGAAUCUUUCAUUACAUUAUUUCACGGGGGAAACUAGGCUGAAUCACAUCCAUUCAUGGAAAAGGACUGGCUUUCUGAUGAUCUAGGCAGCAAAGCAAAGGUAGCUACCUGGGUACUCAGCCUUUGCCGGCUAGCCUGUGCUUUCAGACUAACUUUUUAAUGAUCUGCUUUGCUGUGUCGUUCAACAAUGAAGCUAUGCUUUAAUUACAAGUUUUGUGUAAACUCCCUUUCAAUUAGUUUCUCCUACUUUUUAAUAAUGUAUAUGGUACGAAUUUAUGUUUAAGUGUAUUUAUUUUCACGUAGUUAGGAAGUGUAAACAAUCCUGAGAAUAGAUUAUUUUUAUCAUCCACGAAGUAUUCUUGGGAUCGCUAGUCAGGUCUUUAUUUUUUUUAGAGUAAGAGCACACAUGUGAACAUGUACGUGAGUGGGGAAGGGGCAGAAAGGGAGAGAGAAUGCCCAGUAGGCUCCAAAGCUCAGCGCAAAGCCCGACAUGGGGCUCCAUCCCCCAACCCUGAAAUCAUGACCUGAGCCGAAAUCAAGAGAUGGAUGCUCAACCGACUGUGCCACCCAGGCACCCCUAGUCAGUCUUUCUUAAUCAGAGCUGUUAUAUCCCAGAUAUAUAUUGUUAGAUAAUCCUGAGGUCCUAUCUGAUAGAAAAAGACCCUGUGGUUUUACUUCACUAUCCUUAGUCUAUUCUCUCCAGCUACUUAGCACUACUUGUGUGUAGUCUAAAAACACACCUGGAAAAAUGAAUAGUGAAACAGAGAAUUUAAAUUCCCUGUGAUGGUACCACCCGGACAUAACCACUAGUUUGGUUUACACCCUGUGUGCAUUUCCUAAUGCUAGUUCAAUACACUGAACUUUUGGUUUAAGUUCAAAUUCUGCCUGUGCUACCUGACAGCUAUUUGUGUUUUUUCAGAUGAAUGAUUAUUGGCCAUUUUCUUAAAAAAAGUAAAUUCUACCUUUACUCUUUUUACUAGAUCUCUCGUUCAAAUUUCCUGUUAUUAGUAACCCCUAAUACAAUGGCCCUUGCUGUUUUUAGCAUUACUGAUUUGUCUGUUCACCCCAGUUUGAUGUGGAACUGGACUAAAGGAAUAGGGAGAUGAUUAGGCAUAAAAGCUAAAUAGGCACUGUAUUUAAUUGUUGAGAAAAAGGAUUAUUGUAGGACUAUUUUUUAUUGCUUAUAGUUAAAUAUUGUCUACACUUUAAGCGUCUUUAAGCAGUUAUUCUAAAUGUAAAGUGUUUUCUUAAAGACCACAGUUUUCAUGUAAAAUUGUACAAAUUUAAUAUAAAAUUGUAGAAUAUCCCAGUUUGAGUCUGGGGUACUAUGUGGUAGAUUUCUAAAUGGUCAUCCCUUCUUUAGAUGCCUCAACAGAAUUGUUGUCCACCUAGUUUCUUUUCUAUAACGCCAAGGUUUUAUACUUUGGGGAUCUUAUGCUAUUUGUAAAAUAUUAAUGUCCAGUGUUAGAUGAUUUUGUUUUCAGAUGUUUGCUGAGUAGAAAAUGAUAUGGAUGUUUUUCUUCAAGUAUUUAAACCUGGGAUUCAUGCAAAAGCAGUUGUAAUUUCCUCUUGGAAAAAGUACCAAGUGUUUGGAAGUUAGAAUUGGAUGCUAGGGUUGAUAUUUAGGAUUGUUACAAUAUAGACUUGCUUUCAAACCAGUUGAGUUUUUCCUGGGGUUUUAACUGUUAACUUACUACUUUGCUGCUCUUGAAAUAACAUGUGGUAUUUGACCUAAGAUUUAUUUUUCAAGAUGUCUCAUGGGUUUCCUCUUGCACAAUGUACAUACUUCAGGAUGUAUAGAAAGGAAAGCUACAAUUGAGCCCUUGUAAAUGUUUUAAGAUAGGAAUAUGUUCACUAUCGUUCCAAAAUGGAUUGUAAGAAUAACCUCAAUUAGGAAGCGUAACUUGAAGUGUCAGCACAAACUACUGAUAAACACAUUAUCUUCCUCACCUCGCUUCCCAUUUUGCACCCCCCCCCAGAAUAUAAUCAUUCCUUCCCCAUUAUGCUAAAAAAUGAAGUGUGUUGUAGAAUGUAUCUGAUGUAAUUCUCUCUUCAAGUGGAUAGAUAGCAUUUUACAUGUAACAGCAGAAUUCAGUUUUGAGUUGUUACUGAAGGAAUUUAAACAUCCAUUAAAAAAGACCUCCUGUUUCAUGGAAAUCUUACAAAUGCAUUGUAAUAAUUAGACUGUUUUCAUCCUAAAAAUCUUAGCAUCUUUGCCAAAAGAGGCAACUGAUUGACUUGUUUGAUGUUUGCCAUUUUCAUAUAAAUUUUAUAUAUCCAUCUAGAGUACCCAAGAAGACCAGUAAAAACAGUUAAAUAAGAUGUACCCAAGGAAAGAUAAUAGCCAAGGGUACAUGAAAUAAAGGAUUUAAAUCCUGAUUUAAAAAUCUUGUGUGUUUUUCUCAUCUCUAGACAAGUUCAUGUUUACUGUUUUAUUUAUGACCCAGUGAAGUUGUAGAGCAUUGUUGGGCCCAGUUUAUAAAUGGUUCAAAAAUACCACGCAAUUUGUCACUUGUCUUACUUAGGUCAGCAGCAGAUUUUCUCUGCUGUCAAGCGAUCUGUGUCCUCCAACAGAGUGGUACAACUUUAUUAGUUCAGACUCUACUCUUACAUUUAAGAUAAGUUUUGCGAGAGCUGGGAUGAAGCAACACGUUAAUAACUUGACAAGAUUUCUUUCUUCUUUUUUGCAGAGGGAAAGGGUCACCUGAGAAAAUAAAUUAUUUUCAGGGACGUUGGGAAUCUAAUGGUAACUAUUACGUGUAAUUUAUGAAUAGUUGAAUCCUUUAUAUAUUCAUUAAAAUAGUCUGGAAUUCCUGAACUUAUCAUCACUCCUGGCCACACUUUCCUAUUUCAUUGCUACAUAUAUUCAAGAGUAGUAUCUGCUUUCUUUUUUUUAAGAUGUUCUAUAAGUCAUAUUUGUCAGUCACACAGAUUCGUCUUCCUUUUUCUCAAGUUCAGUGAAAUCUCACUGAAUGGGAAUAAUAGCAAUAGCUAACAACAUCUGCACAGCACCUUACAGUUUGCAAAGAACGUUCACAUCUUCUUGUUUGAGUUUUGCAUAGUGAACCUGUUAUGAGAUGUCUUUUGACAUCCUUGCUGAAGAUGUUAGAAUCUUUAACUCAGUAGAGUCAUUGAAUGUGCUGUAGUCUUUGAAUAUAGUGCCCUGACUAGGGGCAGAGUUUAGAUGCACUAUUUUGAAAGGUGUGUGUAAUUACUGAAAUGGGGGGCUUGAGUUCUUUAGCCACUUGAAUCAGAUUUACUUUUGUAAGUGAUACUUUUCUAACUGCUACUUGGGUGGAUUUUGUAUCCAUUAUAUUCCAGCCUGUAUUUGUAUAAAUUUACCAUCUGUUGUCAUUAAAAAAGUGUUUGUAAUGCCA